AUUAGAGGAAAUAAGUUUGUUCGGGAAUUUUUCACGUGUGUUUGACAGAUCUAAAUAAAAACAAAACAAAAUCUUAUUAUAAAGGCUACAAACAAAACUCAAUAAAAUGGCUGAAGUUGUAGAGCACCGGGUCGAGGAAAUGCUCCCUGAACUUGAGCAAAUGAGCAGAGUUGGGUUAUUUACAAAAGAGGAGACUGGACAAAUUCUUACAAAAAGAAAGGUUUACGAGUACAAACUUAGAAGAAAACAGAAGAAGAAAGAGGAUUUUCUUCAUUACAUUCAGUAUGAGACCAACUUGCUGGCAUUGGUGAGGAAAAGAAGAGAGAGGACUGGUUACUCGUUCAAGAAAGUUGAGAUUGAUAACAACAUCGUUGUAAGGAUACACAGGCUUUAUAAGCUGGUGCUCUACAGGUUUCCUGAGGAUGUGAAGUUAUGGCUGUCCUACAUAGCAUUUGCCAAGCAACUGAAAGCCAAGGACCUAGUGAGCAGACAGUACACAAAAAUGCUGCAGGUGCAUGAUAAAAAACCAGAGUUGUGGUUGUCGGCUGCCAAGUGGGAGUUUGAAGAGAACAACAACCCUGACAACGCCCGUGGCCUUCUACAGCGGGCAUUACGCUUCAACCAGACCUCACAAACACUCUGGCAGGAGUAUUACAGAAUGGAGCUCAUGUAUGCAGAGAAGAUGCGGAAGCGUCGUAGUGUCCUAGACCUUGAGACAGAAGGUGAGAGUGACCCAGUGCUGUCAGGGGGCGUGGCCUUCAUCGUUUUCCAGCAGGCACUCGAGGCUAUACCAGACAAUGCUGGUUUUGUGAUUCAGUUCCUGCCCAUUUGUCUGCUGUUUGAUUUCACCUCCAAACAAGAACAGGACAUCUGUGCACUAUUGGCAGAGAAGUUCUCCGACAAUCCUUUGGCUUGGGAUGCCCUGGCUAGACGCCACUUGGCUAGAAAAUCAACCUCCAAAAAUGAUGCGCGUGAGGAUGAAAGGAAGUUCCAUGAGGUGUACGGGGAGGCUAUUGGCGUGGUUACCUCAGGAGAGGUGUGGAAGCUGUACAUCAAUGCUUGCCUGGACCUCAUACAGAAGGCCGGGAAACAGUCCCUGCAGGAGAAGAGACUAGAGCGUGCCCUAUUGGUGUUUGAGGAAGCCAGGGAUGUAGGACAUCUUACACCAGACCUCUAUGCCAAAUGGACUGACCUUCUACAGAAGACUGGCUCCCUCACAGAGGCCCUGGAGGUGUGUUGUGCAGCUCUUGAGGUCCAUCCAGGGGACAUUACUCUGUGGGAGAAGAAACUCUCCCUCAUGAUAACAGUUGGAAAGGACCUCAAUAUGAUACAAGACACGCUAGACGGUGCAAGGAAAAACAUCCCAAAGAAGGACAGCUGGCCCCUUGUCCGGAUGGUGCUGGAACACAGUAUUGCCUCCAACGCUGCUGAGGACACUGUCAAGCUUCUCGAGAAGUCUAUGAUUGACCCAUCUCCAGUGAGCCAGCCAGCUAAAGAGUUGUAUCUGGAGUUUGAAUAUCUCCAACACGGCAUGCAGCAUGCUCGGAAGGUCUUCUCAAGGAUUUGUGAGUACAAGCCGGUGUCAGAGGAUGUGUAUCGGAGCUACGUUUCCAUGGAGAUGGCACAGCCCAAACCGAAGAUGAAGCUAGUGCGGGCUGCAUAUGAAGAGGCCGUCAGGGAACAUGGGGCUCUCUCACCUAACCUGUGGUUAGACUACAUCAAAUUUGAGAGCUGUGGUUUGGAGGGUCGUCUCGAGGCUGUUGGCAACAUCCACUUCCGGGCAGUCAAGGCCCUGGAUGGGGAACACAACCAGGAUUUUAUACGACGAUACACACUGAUGCAGACUGGAUGCCCCUGAUAAAUACAUUUCAAAGGACUUUCAGACUCUUGGGAUUAUAGGAUUAAAUGGAAAAUGUGUUAAUGUUGUUUAGGGGUUCAGUUUGAGAUGGAACCUGUUGAGACUGGCAUGCCUGAAAAUUCUGUUCAAUUAAGAGUGUCAUACUUAAAAAAACUGUGUAAAAGCAACUAGGAGAAAACUGGCUGUUAAUUUGGAGCUUGCUUGGUUUAUAUAAGGAACUGAUGUAAUGGCAUGUAAAACAGAAAAAAACAGCAUGUAUUUUACAUUAUCACGUUUAUUGUUGAAGGCUGAAGGGGAGAAGUUCUGCUUGUGGUAGGAGGACAGAUGUAUAGCAUGUUCAGUUUAUCAAGUAUUAUGUGGAAAUAUGUUUGUCAAAUUAUUGAAAUAAUAAAGGAUUACUUAUUCAGUGAAUACUAACAUCUUGCAAAUUUUCUAUUCUCUGUUGAGUUCUUUGACUAAUGAUAGUUAUUAUAAUGAAUUCACAGUGAUGGUACACAAAGGUGACCAAUGUCAUAUCUGUUGGGUGACUUCAUGUAAAUAAAGUUCUAGCAUUCCAAAAAUAAAGUGUUUUUAUUGCUGAUGAUGAUAUAAAAGUCAUUAUUCAUUAUGAAAAUACCUAAACACCACAGGGCCACACUAAGUUUAUUUAUGUAGCCAUCAUAUACACAUAUGUAACUCAUCUUGUUAACUUAAAUAACACUUAAACCAGAGUAAAAGAUGCAGCUGGAGAAAAGAACAAUAUGUCUUUUUUCAAAGCAAAUUUUAUUACUAAUAUGUGUAAAUAAAUGUAGAAAACAUUAUUAUCUGAGAUUUUUGAAAAUUGUCAAACAACAAAAACGGUUCAUUUUACAAAAUUUUGAAUCUAUGUAAAUUUUCACAACUUGCAGUUCAAA